CAUUUUGCUAAUUUGGAAAUCAGAGCCAAAGGAAGUUCUGCGUGCUCUACAAGUAGCAGCAGCAGUUAAAAGGGAACAAUCUUUCUUGAGUGGUUCCUCUUGGGGGAGCAUUUCUGCUGGCUCCAGAACUUUGGCCAUCUAUAAAGCUUAGCAGUGGAAAUAAGGAAAUUCUCAAGGAAGAGGAGCCAUUGACCAGCACCAGAGAAAGGACAGCUCAUGACCAAACCAUGUUGCCUAAAGUGGAGACCUUUGAAAUUAAUGAGUCAAAGCCCAAGAAAAGAAAUGGGAUGAACUGGUUCAUGUUCCUGGUGGUCAUCUACCUGAUUCUGCUCACCGUGGGCACCGGGAUGCUGGUGAUGACAGUUCUGAAAUUGCAGGAGCAGCUCCGGGCCCUGGUGAUCUACCCUCACAAUGAAACGCUGGCCACGGAGGGGAGCUGGUCCUCUUUCCUCCAGAGCAUCCCUCCCCCAGCUGGGGAUGCACCGAGACUGCAAAUCCUGCAAACUCAGCUCACCCAGAUCUGCGCCAGGCAGGAGCAGUUACUGAGACGGGUGGACAACUGUACUCAGAUCCCAGGCCCCCCAGGUCCCCAAGGCCCACCAGGAAUCAAGGGAGAGACAGGAAGAAAAGGAGACAUGGGCAUGAAAGGGGACAUGGGGCUCAUGGGACCCCCCGGAGCCCGGGGGCAUAAAGGUGACUUGGGGAUGCCCGGGUCCCCAGGUGUGGCUGGAGUUCCUGGACUCAAAGGAGAUCAAGGACAGCCUGGAACCAGGGGUCUUCCAGGCCUUCCAGGAGCUGCGGGAUCCCCUGGUGCCAAGGGUGAGCCUGGCAGCCCUGGCCUCACUGGGCCAACAGGACCAGCAGGGAGUCCCGGGAGUCCAGGAGCCGAAGGCUUGAAAGGAAGCAAGGGGGACACAGGACUUCAAGGACAGAAAGGAACAAAAGGAGAAUCAGGAUUUCCAGGCCCUGCAGGUCUGAAGGGAGAGAAGGGAAGCCGAGGCCUGGAAGGCUCCAGGGGUGCCCCUGGACUAGGUGGCCAAAAGGGAGAGCCCGGAGCCAAAGGAUCUUCUGGGCUACAGGGAGCAAAGGGAGCAAAGGGUGAAAAAGGUGAAUCCAUGCUGUCUGUCAGGAUUAUCGGCUCCAGGAACCGAGGCCGAGCUGAAAUUUUCUAUAGCGGUGUCUGGGGGACAAUUUGUGAUGAUGACUGGGACAAUUCGGAUGCCACUGUCUUCUGCCGCAUGCUGGGUUACUCCUCAGGAAGUGCCGUUUACAAUGUGGGAGGAGGCACUGGGACCAUCUGGCUGGACAAUGUGGCAUGUAAAGGGAGCGAAUUUACCCUGUGGGACUGCGGCAAGAAUGCCUGGGGAUCUCACAAUUGCAACCACAAUGAGGACGCAGGCGUGAACUGCAGCUGACCCCACAGCCCGACACCACUCUGUCCCUUGGGUGUCUGCAGCCCAGACUCAGCCCUGUGCUCUCUUGGAUCUCCCUGGGGGUGGCUGAGCAGCCCCUGGGGGUGGGCUCGCUAAUAAAGCUCAAAGCGCUAUCUGGCACCGC